AUGAUAUAAAAAUAUUGUCACUAGGUAAUUCAAACUUUCGAGAACCCCUAUAAUCACCUCCAUCCGUAAACGAAACCAUAGCUUCCGUUAAGACAAAAAUUCAAAAACAGUUAAAAAUUUUGCGACUGCAAUGAAUAGUUAAUUAAUUCUCAAACAUCAUAACCAAACUUCGCCCAUCCCAAUUAUAUUGAAUCAACAUAUUAUCAUAACAUUCUUACCAGGUAAAUCACCUUUUAACUGCUUCAAUACAAAUUAACGAAUAAUAUGUGAUCAAAAUGGAUGUUGAAUACUACAAACAAAAUACAGUCACGAACUGAUCUUUUCAUGCUUCACUUAAUACGAGUAUGUGGAGAGUGUGGCUGCAAUAUCAAAAACACACUACAACAAACAUAUCAACUCUGCAGCUAUGUUCGUGUAUACCACAGACACGAACGUUAUACUAAAAACAAUCUAAUUCAAGCCAAUUUUCACACCUCAAGCUCUAGCCGCCGACCAAUUUUACAUCGUCUCCAAUACAAGCAUAACGGCCAACCCCACAUCAACAUGGGUUCAGAGAAACUAACACUGUGGAUUUGACUUUUCUAAGUACCCAACAAACAUAACCCAAAACAAACAACUACUCCAACAACUUACUAAUAAAAAGAGAUAAAUGGGUUUCAAAGCCACCACCAUGGACACUUAACAUAACUCGAAUGCACAAUGGUAACUUUAACUGCAGUUCGGCCCACACCGACAUAUACGGUCAUAUAAAACAUUAACGAUCAAACCAACAACAAAUUCCAAUGUCACAAGACAUCUUACAACCAAAUCAUGGACAUCCCCACCUAGCAAUCUAAGAUUAGUGAUCGUACACUCAUGACAACACUAUAAAGAAAUAAAGUUUUAUCACGUACCCAAGCAUCACAGACACAACAAAAACCAAUCACUCACAACAAAGACGUACACAAAUAGACACCAUAUAUAGACCAUACGAAAAGAUGACAUCCCGCACUCCGCGCGGGCACACCCCUAGUUGUUUAUAAAAGACGCAACCCAUAUAUGACUUCUGAUUUUCUCAUGUAACACUGUUUCUAAUACUUACUUUGUUCAAACAUCAAACACCAUUUAUCUUACCGGCAACAAUGAAUCUCCUGAACUCCGAUGAUGCCUUAUUAAUGAUUAACACUUUAUUGAACUCCUCCGAUUUGUGGCCAUUAGAUCCGGCGAAUCUCAGCCAGCUGCCACUAGCUCCGACGGCCAUUAACUCCUCCUCCGAUUUGUGGUCAUAUGUUCCGGCGAAUUUCGGCCAGAUCCAGUACGAGGAAAGCAACAUUUCAGCCAGCGCCGUAAAGCUCGAGGACUCAGCUCACUUUAACAUUGAUGCCAAAACGACGCCGGAAAAGAAACGCGGGAGAAGACCGACGCACGGUAGAGAAGAGCCGAUGAACCACGUGGAAGCCGAGCGGUUGAGACGCGAGAAGCUAAACCAGCGGUUCUACGCGUUACGAGCGCUUCUGCCAAACGUAACGAAAAGGGAAAAGGCGUCGAUACUUGAAGACACGGUUACGUACAUUAACGAACUGAAAGUAAACGCGGAAAACGCUGAAUCGGAGAAAAACGCGUUUGAGAUCCAGCUCAACGAACUCAAGGAAAAGAUCGCAGGAAGGAGAAACGGGAGUUCUAGCGUUUGUGGCGGCGGGGAAAAGACGCCGGAGAUUGAGGUGAAGAUCGACGUGAAGGUUAUGGAUCGUGAUGCGCUGAUUAGACUGGAGUCGAGCAAGAACAACCAUCCUGGAGCGAGACUAAUGAAUGCGUUUAUGGAUUUGGAGGUAGAAGUGAAUCACGCGAGCAUCUCGGUGAUGAACAAUCUCAUGAUUCAACAAGUGACGGUGAAGAUGGGGUCGAGGGUUUACAAGCAAGAGCAGCUCCGGGACUUGUUGUUGUCGAAGGUUAAUUAGCGAUUAAUUUUGGGAUUUGUUGAGGUUUAUGAGGUUCAACUUGUAAUUAAGCAAUUGUACUUUGUUUGUCUCAUCAUGCUUCCCAGCCGUUUGGAUUAGAUUUUGUGUACGUCCCCUUGGUAAUGAUAUGGAUAUGGAUAUGGAUAUGUA